GCUGUUCUCUUCAUCGCAGGAUCAUCGCAUCAUCAUCAUCGCAUUCUUCUCAGAGCCGACGCGAUCCUCACAGACAUCUCACACCAAACGGAUAUUAUUUGGUCGACACACAGCACACAGAAGAAUGGACUGUCGAGAGCUUUUCAUUCUGCUGAUGGCCGUCACAUCGACGCUCGCUGCUGAGGUGCCGUCGGACUCGGGAACCGGACUCCUGGCCGAGCCGCAGGUCGCUAUGUUCUGUGGGAAACCCAACAUGCACAUCAACGUUCAGACCGGGAAAUGGGAACCCGAUCCGUCUGGAAGCAAGAGCUGCAUCGGGACAAAAGAGGGAAUCCUGCAGUACUGCCAGGAGGUGUAUCCAGAGCUUCAGAUCACAAACGUGGUGGAGGCCAAUCAGCCCGUCAGUAUCUGGGACUGGUGUAAGAAGGGCCGGAAGCAGUGCCGCAGUCACAUGCACAUCGUCGUGCCGUAUCGCUGCCUGGUCGGGGAGUUCGUGAGCGACGCUCUGCUGGUUCCUGACAGGUGUAAGUUCCUGCACCAGGAGCGCAUGGACAUGUGUGAGAGCCACCUGCACUGGCACACCGUCGCCAAAGAGUCCUGCGGCGACCGCAGCAUGAAUCUCCAUGACUACGGGAUGCUGUUGCCAUGUGGUAUCGACCGUUUCCGUGGCGUCGAGUUCGUCUGUUGCCCUGCAGAAGCAGAGAAGGAGUCGGACAGCACAGCUGCGGAGGAGGACGAUUCAGACGUGUGGUGGGGAGGAGACUACAGCGACAACAGCAUGACGCGAGACGCAGGAUCCGAACCGGCCGUGGUGGAGGAUGACGAGGAUCCGGACGAGGAAGAGGAGCUUCCGGACAAAGACCAGGAUGGAGAUGGAGAUGAGGAUGAGGAGGAGGAAGAGCGCAAGAGCAUCAGCGCUGCCAUGACGACCACCACAACGACGGAGUCAGUGGAGGAGGUGGUGCGAGUGCCGACUCCGUCCUCCAGUCCUCCGGACGCUGUGGACCGAUAUCUGGAGACGCCGGCCGAUGAGAACGAACACACACACUUCCUGAAGGCCAAAGAGAGUCUGGAGGCCAAACACCGCGAGCACAUGUCUCAGGUGAUGAGAGAAUGGGAAGAGGCCGAGAGACAGGCAAAGAGUUUACCACGCAAUGACAAGAAGGCUGUGAUCCAGCACUUCCAGGAGAAGGUGGAGGCUCUGGAGCAGGAGGCAGCCAGCGAGAGACAGCAGCUGGUGGAGACACACAUGGCGCGGGUGGAGGCGCUGCUAAACGACCGCCGACGCCUCGCUCUGGAGAGCUAUCUGUCUGCCCUGCAGGCCGAUCCACUACAGCCGCGACACGUGUUCAGUCUACUGAAGAAGUACGUCCGCGCCGAGCAGAAGGACCGACAGCACACGCUCAAACACUUCGAACACGUGCGCAUGGUCGACCCCAAGAAAGCGGCACAGAUCCGGCCUCAGGUGCUGACCCAUCUGCAUGUGAUCGAGGAGCGGAUGAAUCAGUCUCUUGGUCUGCUGUACAACGUGCCCGGAGUCACUGAAAACAUUCAGGACCAAGUUGAGCUGUUGCAGCGCGAGCAACAGGAAAUGUCGGCUCAGUUGGCGAAUCUGCAGAGCGACGUGAGGGUGAGUUACGGGAACGAUGCCCUGAUGCCCGACAGCACCGUCAGCCUCCACCUGCUGCCCUCAGAGGAUACACAGAGCUUCAUCCACCCAGAGAGCUUCAACCAGCCCAACACACAGAACCACGUUGAGCUGGUGGACGUGCGACCGGUCUCGGAACGAGGCCUGCCGACCCGACCUGUGUCUGGACUGAAGCCUGACGAUGUUCCCGAGCUGCAGAUGGAGGCUGAAGAGAGACACAGUGAAGUUUACCACCAGAAACUGGUUUUCUUCGCCGAGGACGUGAGCUCCAACAAGGGAGCUAUUAUUGGCCUGAUGGUCGGAGGUGUUGUCAUAGCAACCAUCAUCGUCAUCACCCUAGUGAUGCUGAGGAAGAAGCAGUACACCUCCAUCCACCACGGAAUCAUUGAGGUGGAUGCUGCUGUGACCCCGGAGAACCGUCACCUGUCUAAGAUGCAGCAGAACGGCUAUGAAAACCCCACCUACAAGUUCUUCGAACUAAUGCACAACUGAUGGUGUGACGCUCCUCUUCCUCCCUGUUUCUCCUCCUCCUCUUCAUCUCUGCAGACAGUGCAGGAGACACCAGCACAACCUCAUUGCUCAUUAACAUCUGGCUUCCUAUUGGCCACUUCACAUGACUGUCAAUCAAACAUGACUUCCCAUUGGCUGGACGAAUAUGAACUCGGUCAGUUUCAAGUUAUUUAAGAUGCGGUUUCAAUCUAAAUGCACAAUUGAGAUUGAUAACUCAGAUUUAGUUUUGAAUUCAGUGCUGAUUUUAAAACUGUUGGAGUCAAUUUCAGUUUAAACUGAACAUAUGGAGUUGAUCAACAUCAAAUUCAAUGCACAGCUCUGAAUUCAUCUCCAGAUUUUCAGCUAUAAAAUUCUGUUGGCUUGACGGACAUCAACUUUAUCAGAUAGGAUCCUAUUCAAAGAGUUGAAAUAGUUUUAAAUUGAAUGCACAAUUCAAAUCACAAUUCAGUCUGAAUGCAUACUUCACUUCAAUUCAGAUUGUUCAGCUCUAACUUUCCAAGGGCUAGAAAAAUAUGAGCAUGAUCAGAUUAAUGCUGUUUGGAUCCGUCUCAAGAUUCAGUUUCAGACUGAAACGGACAAUUCAGAAUCCAUUCAAAUUCAAAUCACUCAUACUGUAGAACUGAAUUAAUCAUUUCAAAUCAAAUCAAAUUGAUUGCAUAAUUUGAGUUCAAUUAAAAUCACAAAUUGGAUUAAACACAAUUGAAUCGAAUUCAAUGAACAAAUUAAAUUCACUUCAAUUGUCAAUUUAGUUCAGUUCAAAUUAAACAUAUAUCAAAUUCAAUCCAUGGUUAUGAAUUCACUCCAGAUUAACUAUGACUUCCCAUUGUCUGGACAAACAUGAGUUCAGUUUCAAGUUGAAAAUUUCGGAAUUCAGAUCACAAAUCAGAUGAUUCAAAUGUAGUUUUAAAUUCACUCCUGAUUUGACUUAUAACAUGCAACCAAUGUGGACCAAUGUGAACAUGAUGAUAUCAAUGCAUUUUGGGUCAGUGUCAUUGUUCAAAUUAACUUUGAAAAUUCAGUUUUAAAUGUGAUUUCAAAUCCAAUUCAGUGCACAGUUCUAUAUAUUAACUCCAGAUGUCUGCUGGACAAACAUGAAGAUGAUCAGUUUUAGUUUCAAAUUGAAUUCACACUUCACACUGAAUGCAAAAACCAAGUUUCACUCCAGAUUUAAUUAGCUGUGACCUCCGGUUGGCAUGAAUGUGAAGAGGUUUGUGUUGUUAAGAUCAGUUUCAAGGUUCAGUUUAAAUUGAGCACACACUUCAAAUUCAGUGCACCGUUCUGGAUUCACUCCAGAUUUGAUCUCACCAUUCCCUUUCUGAAUCUGGUCUGUAUUGAGCUGGUUCUUGUGUCGCUGCACUGUCUGCUCUCGCACUGCUAUCCGAGUGAAACACUGAGAUAUCUGAGGAUGACGGUGUUCAGAGAGACACGUCUCCUCUCUUCCUCUUCCUCCUCUUCAUCGUACACCGACUGCAGCUGCGCUGUGUUUGGUGAUGCAUUAAACCCGUCAGAGAUUAUUCUAGUAAUUGAUGUCCUUCUGAAUGAGAUCUUUGAAAUGUUUGAUUGUUUCUGGUUUCUUCUUAUCUUCAAAAAAAAUUUAUUGGCCCAAAAAAAUGCAAAAGUAAUGCAAAACUAAAAAAAAGGCUAGUUGUACUAUGUAGUGCAUGAUAGAAAAAAAACGAGGGGAAGACUCUUCUGCUAUUUGGAUCUUGGUCUAUUCUCACGUAGAGACGUUUUAGCAGGAAUAACUUGUGAUUUGUGAUUUGAGUUGCACAAAAAAGGACUCAAUUGGCUUCUGCUUCUGAUAGAACUUGAACUGAAUUAAAUGCUUUGAUUUCAAGAUCAGGUUGAGAUCCUGUCGAUGUACAUUUACUGUCUUUAAUGAUUUCGUCCAAUGCAUUUCAGAGAUUUAUUGACUUCUUUAUAUUUAAUUUGAUGCUCCAUUGGACUCAUGUUU